GCCCCCGCCCACACCACCUGCCAAGAUGGUAGUGCUGUCGCUGAAAAUCUGCGUCCGCCAGUGCAACGUUGUCAAGACGAUGCAGUUUGAGCCCUCCACAGCCGUCUACGACGCCUGCAGGAUCAUCAGAGAGAGGGUCCCUGAAGCUCAGAGUGGACAAGCUUCAGACUACGGGCUGUUUCUGUCUGAUGAAGACCCCAGAAAAGGCAUCUGGCUGGAGUCUGGGAGGACACUCGACUACUACAUGCUCCGCAAUGGGGAUAUUCUUGAAUACAAGAAGAAACAGCGGCCUCAGAAGAUCAAAAUGCUGGAUGGGGCUGUUAAAACCAUCAUGGUGGAUGACUCCAAAACAGUGGGGGAGCUGCUUGUGACUAUAUGCAGUAGGAUAGGCAUCACAAACUACGAGGAGUACUCUCUGAUCCAGGAGACGGUGGAGGAGAAAAAGGACGAAGGGACGGGUACGCUGAAGAAAGACAGAACGCUGCUGCGAGACGAGAGGAAGAUGGAGAAGCUGAAAGCCAAACUACACACAGAUGAUGACUUGAACUGGCUGGACCACAGCAGGACCUUCAGAGAGCAGGGGGUGGAUGAGAACGAGACCCUUUUGCUCAGACGCAAAUUCUUCUACUCGGACCAGAACGUGGACUCCCGAGACCCGGUCCAGCUGAACCUGCUCUACGUACAGGCUCGAGAUGACAUCCUGAACGGCUCUCACCCCGUAUCGUUCGACAAGGCCUGCGAGUUUGGAGGCAUUCAGGCACAGAUCCAGUUUGGCCCUCACAUAGAGCAUAAACACAAACCUGGAUUCUUGGACCUGAAGGAGUUUCUACCCAAAGAAUACAUCAAGCAGAGAGGAGCGGAGAAGAAAGUAUUCCAGGAACACAAAAACUGUGGAGAAAUGACAGAGAUUGAAGCGAAAGUGAAAUAUGUUAAACUGGCACGGUCCCUGCGGACAUAUGGCGUCUCCUUCUUUCUGGUCAAGGAAAAGAUGAAGAGUAAGAACAAGCUGGUGCCGCGGCUGCUGGGCAUCACCAAAGAGUCUGUGAUGAGAGUGGACGAGAAGACCAAAGAUGUGGUUCAGGAGUGGCCACUUACCACUGUGAAGAGGUGGGCGGCGUCGCCCAAGAGCUUCACCCUGGACUUUGGUGAGUACCAGGAGAGUUACUACUCGGUGCAGACCACUGAAGGGGAACAGAUCUCCCAGCUUAUUGCUGGUUACAUUGACAUCAUCCUCAAAAAGAAGCAAAGCAAGGACCGUUUUGGAUUAGAAGGGGACGAGGAGUCGACCAUGCUUGAGGAAUCUGUAUCCCCGAAAAAGUCCACCAUCCUUCAGCAGCAGUUUAACCGUGUUGGCCGGGUGGAGCACGGCUCGGUGGCGCUGCCAGGGGUGAUCCGCUCCGGCUCCAUUGGUACAGAGUCGCUCAGCAUGGGCACCAUGCCGUCUGCUCAGCAGCAAAUCACUAUGGGUCAGAUGCACCGUGGACACAUGCCACCGCUGAGUUCAGCACAGCAGGCUCUGAUGGGAACCAUCAACACCAGUAUGCAGGCUGUGCAGAAAGCCCAGAUUGACCUGGGAGAGGUUGACAACCUGCCACCGCUGGGACAGGACUUGGCAUCCAAGGUGUGGAUCCAGAACAAAAUGGAUGAGUCAAAACAUGAGAUCCACUCCCAGGUUGAUGCCAUCACUGCAGGAACGGCGUCUGUGGUCAACCUCACAGCUGGCGAUCCGGUGGACACAGACUACACAGCAGUAGGCUGUGCCAUCACCACCAUCUCUUCCAACCUGACUGAGAUGUCGAAGGGCGUGAAGCUGCUGGCUGCACUGAUGGAGGAUGACGUAGGAGGAGGCAACGACCUGAUGAAGGCUGCCAGGACGCUAGCAGGGGCCGUGUCUGACCUGCUGAAGGCUGUGGAGCCAGCCUCUGGAGAGCCCAGACAGACUGUGCUGACAGCAGCAGGCAGCAUUGGCCAGGCCAGCGGAGAUCUCCUGCGACAGAUUGGAGAGAACGAGACAGACGAGAGGUUCCAGGACAUCCUGAUGAAUCUGGCCAAAGCAGUGGCCAACGCUGCAGCAAUGCUGGUGCUGAAGGCCAAGAACGUGGCCCAGGUUGCAGAGGACACCGUGCUUCAGAACCGGGUCAUUGCCGCCGCCACCCAGUGUGCCCUGUCCACCUCCCAGCUGGUGGCAUGUGCAAAGGUGGUGAGUCCCACCAUCAGUUCCCCAGUUUGCCAGGAGCAGUUGGUCGAAGCGGGGAAGCUGGUGGAUCGCUCGGUGGAAAGCUGUGUCCAGGCCUGCCUCUCGGCCACACAGGACGGCGAGCUCCUUAAACAGGUGAGCGCCGCAGCCAGCGUGGUGAACCAGGCUCUGGCAGAUCUGCUGCAACACGUGCGUCAGUACACCUCGAGGGGGGAGCCUAUUGGGCGCUAUGACCAGGCCACGGACACCAUCAUGACUGUCACUGAGAGCAUCUUCAGCUCAAUGGGAGAUGCAGGAGAGAUGGUGCGGCAGGCUCGGGUCUUGGCUCAGGCCACCUCGGACUUGGUGAACGCCAUGAGGUCUGAUGCUGAGGCCGAGGUGGACGUUGACAACUCUAAGAAGUUACUGGCAGCUGCUAAGCUGCUGGCUGCCGCCACCGCAAGGAUGGUGGAGGCAGCCAAGGGCGCUGCAGCAUACCCAGAGAACGAGGACCAGCAGCAAAGACUGAGGGAGGCUGCAGAGGGGCUGCGUGUGGCCACCAACGCUGCCGCUCAGAGCGCCAUUAAGAAGAAACUGAUCAACAGACUGGAGAAUGCUGCCAAACAAGCUGCAGCUGCAGCCACACAGACCAUCGCCGCUGCUCAAAACGCCGCUGCCUCCAACAAGAACACUGCUGCUCACCAACAGCUGGUGCAGAGCUGUAAGGCAGUGGCAGACCACAUCCCCCAGCUUGUCCAGGGUGUACGUGGCAGUCAGGCCAAACCAGAGGACCUCAGUGCACAACUAGCCCUCAUCAUUGCCAGCCAGAACUUCCUACAGCCUGGUAGUAAGAUGGUGACCUCAGCCAAGUCAUCUGUUCCCACGGUGACGGAUCAGGCUGCAGCGAUGCAACUGGGUCAGUGUGCCAAGAACCUGGCCACCUGCCUGGCCGAGCUGAGGACGUCAGCACAGAAGGCUCAUGAAGCUUGUGGCCCCAUGGAGAUCGACUCUGCGCUCACGGCCAUCCAGACCCUGAGAAGUGAGCUGCAAGAUGCCAAGCUGGCUGCUGGUAAUGCCCAACUGAAACCACUACCUGGAGAAUCGUUGGAGAAGUGUGCUCAGGAUCUGGGCAGUACCUCUAAGUCAGUGGGAUCCUCUAUGGCUCAGCUGCUCACCUGUGCUGCACAAGGAAAUGAACACUACACAGGAAUAGCAGCCAGGGAGACGGCUCAGGCCCUGAAAACCCUGGCCCAGGCGGCCCGUGGCGUCGCUGCUUCUACCACAGACCCUAAGGCUGCGGCCGCCAUGCUGGACUCGGCUCGUGAUGUUAUGGAGGGCUCAGCACUUCUCAUUCACGAGGCCAAGCAGGCUCUGAUUUCUCCGGGAGACGCUGAGAGCCAGCAGAGGCUGGCGCAGGUGGCCAAGGCCGUGUCUCAUUCCCUGAAUAGCUGCGUCAACUGUCUGCCUGGCCAGAAGGAUGUGGACAUGGCUCUCAAGAGCAUCGGGGAGGCCAGCAAGAAGCUGCUGAUAGAGACUAUCCCUCCAGCCUCCAAGUCCUUUCAGGAGGCCCAGAGUGAGCUGAACCAAACGGCAGCAGACCUGAACCAGUCAGCAGGCGAGGUGGUCCACGCCUCCAGAGGCUCCAGCAGCCAGCUGGCGGUGGCCUCGGGGAAGUUCAGCCAAGACUUCGACGAGUUCCUGGAUGCUGGAAUUGAGAUGGCUGGGCAUACUCAGAAAAAGGAUGACCAGUUGCAGGUGAUUGGAAACCUGAAGAACAUAUCCAUGGCUUCCAGCAAGUUGCUGCUGGCUGCUAAGAGUCUGUCCGUAGACCCUGCAGCAGCAAAUGCCAAGAACCUGCUAGCUGCUGCUGCAAGAGCAGUGACUGACAGCAUUAACCAGCUGAUCAUGCUGUGCACGCAGCAGGCCCCUGGCCAGAAGGAGUGUGACAACGCCCUCAGAGAGUUGGAGGCUGUCAGAGGAAUGCUGGACAAUCCCAAUGAGCCGGUCAGUGACCUCUCCUACUUCGACUGCAUCGAGAGUGUGAUGGAGAACUCCAAGGUCCUGGGAGAGUCGAUGGCAGGGAUUUCUCAGAACUGCAAGACCGGGGAUGUGUCUGCAUUCGGAGACUGUGUGGGAUCAGCGUCCAAGGCUCUGUGUGGCCUCACUGAGGCCGCAGGACAGGCCUCCUACCUGGUGGGUGUGUCUGAUCCCAACAGUCAGGCCGGUCACCAGGGGCUGGUGGAUCCCGUCCAGUUCGCCAAAGCCAACCAGGCCAUCCAGAUGGCCUGUCAGAAUCUGGUUGACGCAGACAGCAGUCCGUCCCAGGUGCUCUCUGCAGCCACCAUUGUCGCUAAGCACACAUCGGCGCUGUGCAACGCCUGCCGUCUUGCUUCCUCCAAGACAACCAACCCAGUCGCCAAGAGGCACUUUGUCCAGUCUGCUAAGGAGGUGGCCAACAGCACCGCCAACUUGGUCAAAACCAUCAAGGCUUUAGAUGGCGAUUUCUCCGACGAGAACAGGAGCAGGUGUCGAGUUGCCACGGCUCCACUAAUUGAGGCUGUGGAAAACCUGACGACAUUUGCUUCCAACCCGGAGUUUGCCAGCGUCCCAGCUCAAAUCAGUAGCGAGGGCUCUGCAGCACAGGAGCCCAUUCUCCAGUCAGCGCGCUCCAUGCUUGACAGCUCCACCCUUCUGCUCAAGACCGCACGCUCGUUGGUUAUCAACCCAAAAGACCCGCCCACCUGGUCGGUCCUGGCUGGUCACUCGCGGGUCGUCUCGGAUUCCAUCAAGAGUCUCAUCACAGCCAUCCGGGAUAAGGCCCCGGGCCAGCGGGAGUGCGACUCGUCAAUUGAUAACAUCAACAAAUGUAUCCGGGACAUUGAGCAGGCCUCUCUGGCAGCAGUCAGCCAGAACCUACCCAGCAGGGAUGACAUUUCACUGGAGGCGCUACAAGAGCAGCUGACGUCCACCGUGCAGGAAAUUGGCCAUCUAAUUGACCCCGUUUCCACCGCUGCCCGCGGAGAAGCUUCCCAACUAGGACACAAGGUGACCCAGCUGGCUGGUUACUUUGAGCCACUGAUCAAGGCUUCUGUAGGUGUGGCAUCCAAGCUGAAGGACCACCAGCAGCAGAUGACUUUCCUGGACCAAACUAAAACCAUGGCUGAGUCUGCCCUGCAGAUGCUCUAUGCCGCCAAGGAGGGUGGAGGAAACCCGAAGGCGUCCCAUACCCAUGAUGCCAUAGCAGAGGCAGCCCAGCUCAUGAAGGAGGCAGUCGAUGAUAUAAUGGUUACACUGAAUGAGGCUGCCAGUGAAGUGGGAAUGGUGGGAGGAAUGGUGGACUCCAUCGCAGAGGCCAUGGCCAAGCUGGAUGAAGGGACACCACCUGAACCUGAGGGCUCUUUUGUAGAUUACCAGACCAGUAUGGUGAAACACUCUAAGGCUAUUGCUGUCACUGCUCAGGAAAUAAUGACCAAGUCGGUGACCAGUCCGGAUGAGCUGGGCACGCUGGCCUCUCAGGUGACCGUGGACUACAGCCAGCUGGCCGUCCAGGGGCGACUGGCUGCUCACACAGCUGAGCCCGACGAGAUUGGCUUCCAGAUCAAGACGCGUGUUCAGGAGCUCGGACAUGGCUGCAUCUUCCUGGUCCAGAAGGCCGGAGCUCUGCAGGUCACCCCCUCCGACAGCUUCACCAAACGGGAGCUCACCGACUGUGCCCGUGCUGUCCUAGAGAAGGUGUCCUUGGUGCUCUCAGCCCUCCAGGCAGGCAACAAGGGCACACAGGCCUGUAUCACAGCUGCUAGUGCCGUGUCUGGAAUCAUCGCCGACCUGGACACUACCAUAAUGUUUGCCUCAGCCGGCACACUCAACGCAGAGAAUGAUGAGGCCUUCGCUGACCACAGGGAGAGCAUUCUAAAGACGGCCAAAGCUCUGGUGGAGGACACAAAGAUGCUGGUGUCCGGUGCAGCCUCCGGUCAGGACAAGUUGGCUCAUGCUGCCCAGUCCUCUGCAAAAACCAUUACACAGCUUACAGAUGUGGUCAAACUGGGAGCUGCCAGCAUCGGCUCAGAUGACCCUGAGACACAGGUGGUUCUGAUAAAUGCUGUCAAAGAUGUGGCCAAGGCGCUGGCUGAGCUCAUUAGUGCCACAAAGUGUGCCGCUGGCAAAGUAGCAGAUGAUCCAUCUAUGUAUCAGCUGAAGAGCGCUGCCAAGGUGAUGGUGACCAAUGUGACAUCCCUGCUGAAGACGGUCAAAGCUGUGGAGGACGAGGCCACCCGGGGCACCAGAGCGCUGGAGGCUACCAUUGAGUGUAUCAAACAGGAAAUGGCGCUGUUUCAGUCCAAGGAUGCUCCCACCAAGACGACCACACCUGAGGAAUUCAUUCGCAUGACUAAAGGCAUCACCAUGGCGACUGCUAAAGCAGUGGCUGCUGGGAAUUCUGCCCGGCAAGAAGACAUCAUCCAUACGGCCAACCUCAGCCGCAAAGCCAUUUCAGACAUGCUCACCACCUGCAAGCAAGCGGCCUACCAUCCAGAGGUCAGCGAGGAGGUGAAGAACAGAGCCCUGAUGUUCGGGUCCGAGUGUACAACUGGAUACAUUGAUCUGCUGGAACAAGUACUGUUGGUCCUGCAGAAGCCCACUGCAGAGCAGAAGCAGCAGCGGGGCGGAGCCGUCACAGAGCUCAUCCAAACCGCUGAGGCCAUGAAAGGGUCAGAGUGGGUGGACCCAGAGGACCCAACAGUGAUCGCAGAGACCGAGCUGCUCGGAGCAGCGGCGUCCAUCGAAGCAGCAGCCAAGAAGCUGGAGCAGCUCAAACCCCGAGCCAAGCCCAAGCAGGCAGACGAGACGCUGAACUUUGAGGAGCAGAUCCUGGAGGCUGCUAAGUCCAUAGCUGCAGCCACCAGCGCUUUGGUCAAAUCGGCCUCGGCUGCCCAGAGAGAGCUGGUGGCUCAGGGCAAAGUGGGCUCCAUCCCAGCCAACGCUGUGGAUGACGGACAGUGGUCCCAGGGCCUCAUUUCAGCUGCGCGUAUGGUAGCCGCCGCGACCAGCAACCUGUGUGAGGCAGCCAACGCCUCGGUGCAGGGCCACGCCAGCGAGGAGAAGCUCAUCUCUUCAGCCAAACAGGUGGCGGCCUCCACUGCCCAGCUGCUGGUGGCCUGUAAGGUGAAGGCUGACCAGGACUCAGAGGCCAUGAGGAGACUGCAGAUUGCUGGGAAUGCUGUGAAGAAGGCCUCAGACAACCUGGUGCGGGCCGCUCAGAAGGCCGCGUUUGACAAAGCAGAUGAUAACAGCGUGGUGGUCAAGACGAAGUUUGUGGGGGGAAUAGCACAGAUUAUUGCAGCGCAGGAGGAGAUGCUGAGGAAGGAGAGAGAGCUGGAAGAAGCCAGGAAGAAGCUGGCUCAGAUCCGGCAGCAGCAGUACAAGUUCCUGCCCAGCGAACUGCGAGAGGACAACAACUAAUUAUUCAGUCACUGCUGCACAAGCUUAAAACUGCGUGAAGAGCACAUAUGCUUGUGUACGAGUUAGUGGCACACUUAGUCAGGUAUGUGGCCUACAGCGACUUCAGAUCUGUUGCGACUGAUUGAACAAGCCCCAGUCUGCAGUGAAUACUGCUGACCGAUCGUCACCACGCAGAAACGUCGCACAGACAGCAAGUUUGUAAUACUACUGUGUAGAACUGACUGCUUUCUGACAACGAAGAGUGUGGCGAUUUGUCUGAACUGCUUUUUGUCCUCAUGUAUACCAUGAACUGCUUUGACUGAUGUGGUCUGAACCAGAAUGUGAAGCGCUCGGGACAAACAGUGCGCCUCAUACGCUCUCGUGUUUGCUCACAAGCUACAGUCUGUGGUUUUCCAGUUUGCAGCUCUAGUUCAUAAACGUUCAAGAUGAAGUAUUGAUUGUAUUGCUGUUCAUGUUCAUAUAGCCAUUUAACUGCACUGUCACUCAGAGCAACAAGAUUUCAUCUCAGUACUCUGAUAUUCUGUGAAUGUUAGCCUCCAGUUUGGUACAUGACCGUGGUCUCAACUUCAGCUCUGUGCUCUUUAACCCCAUGUGAAGGAAGGUGUGAGUUUGCUUGUUGGUGUUUGUUGGACCAUAUUCUAAAUGUCAAUAAUGCACAGUUCUCUUUUAGGGAUCUUCUUUUAAGCCUUGUCAUUUUUAUGCUGACUGUGACGGGUUCUACAUGCAGAAUGCCGUGUGCAGCCACUAAGGUUCAAGAAGAAUUAUGUUACUGUGCGUCUACACAGAAGAAAUACUUAUUGCUCCUGAGUAUUAUCACAGAGUCUAAUGACUUCUAGGCAACAAAACCUAUUCGAUAUCUUACCAGACCUUCAACAUCAUUUUUAAUUCGUAUCAUUUCAGGUAUUGAAACCAACACAUGGUAUAAACUGAUCAUGAUGCAAUAACGUAGAUGGUGCUUUAGGGGGCAGUACUGGUUUCCCUUCUACCAUGCAAACUUCAAGUAAUAAUGCAGGAGAUGAUGAUGUGUAAUUGAGUGCUUAUUUUACUUCCAGUGCUGAGAAGGUAGUUUGGGUCAGCGAGCAGGUUGAUUGGCUGCAACAUCAUGCAAAUUCAGAAAACCUGUAAAUGCCUCGGACCUCUUGAAUGGACUGAACGCCAUGCGGGGUUGCUUCUGUGUAUUCUGUGCUUGGUCUGAUGGUUUCUACUCCCUUCCCCUGAUAACUUUUUGUCCCAUUGUUAGAAAGUGAGUAAUUUUUUCAGUAACAGUGGAUCACUGGAUCACACUGAACUAAGUCAGUUCACCUCUGGUUCUGUAAAUAUGGGAAGCAGCAAAAGGCAGAAUCUGAUUACUACUUUGCAAUAAGCUAAAAAAAAAUGUAAGAGUUGAGGUUCAACAUAGUGAAGUGACUGCGGCACUAAUCACUGCAGCUCAUUCUUCUCCUUUAUUUGUGUUAGUCUUUGAAUGUCAGGGUGCUCUGUGCCACUUUACUGACUAUGCUACUUGCUGCAAUAGAAGAACCUUGUUUGAUUGUAGUGUGGUUGGUUCCCGUGUUUUACUAUAUGGGCUGUGUUUCACUAUUAAACUGCAGUAUAUUGUAAGAUUAGGUCCUGCUGUGAAAAUGCAUGGCUUUGUGCUUCAGAUGCAUCUAUUGUUUAUACAGACUCUUAAAGGCACGCUGAGUGAUUCAGACCUCCACAUGCAGACAGUGUACUGCAGCAAAUGGCUAGAGACAGAAUGUCACGUUAUAGUUUUUUAAGAGAGUUGGGUCUGAAUUCAGAGGGAGGGAGGGGUGGGAGCUCUACUGCUCAUCAGUCCAGUCUGUAGUAUUAUCGUUAGUGCCUUAGUCCUUAGCCCAUACAGUGUCUGGUCUGCGUGAGCGACGCCAUCGCCUCAUCAGUUGGUAGAAGGUACUGGACAAGCAGUUUGUUUGGGAACAUAGGUUGAUGUCAUCCCUCUUGUUAGUGUUUCUCUUCACCAUUCAAACAAUUACAUCUCCUUUAUCCUUGUUCUCCUUUUCUCUCUCUGCCUUCCGGAACGACAGGGGAACUGUCUGUCAGUCAGAAAAAUGUGUUGCGGUUUAAUAUGUACCAUUAACGUGUAUAUUAGAGGAGCACAUUUUUGUACUGCAUUCCACGGGCAUAUACCACAGUGCUUCUGAACCACGGCAGACUAGAGAUUCAGGUCUGCCAACUGCUUUAGUCUAUGUUAUGAAUCACUGAAAUUUUAUGGAUGGGAUUUUUCCCUUGUGCUUUUAAGCCUCUAUGAAAGAUAAAUGUGUUGAGAACAUUUCGAUAUAUCUGUCACCAUGACAAUGUCGUGACUCAUUUCAAUGAUGUGAAGUAACUGAAGUGUUCUGUAUGUUUUUCUCCCUUAGCUGAAAUAAACUUAUGACCUUACUAUAAUAAAGAUGUGAUAACAUACUAAAGGUAUUUAUCUGGCCUCAAUAAAACUUUUUUUUUGUAUUCACUGAAAAUAAAGUAUUUCAAUGUUGA